AUGACUUCUCAAGCCAGCACUACCGUAUGCGGAUUACCUACGUGGAUCGCCUUCCCUCCAGCAAACGAUUCCACAUCUUACAUUAAUGAUACUGUGGCAUUGGCAGUUAACAUCCCAAUGAGUAUAUUCGCCUUCGUCAGCAACCUCACCAUUAUCGUCAUAGUAACCAGGACUCCACAGCUUCGAACACCCAGCAAUAUCCUGCUGUGUAGCCUGGCCGCCACUGACUGCUUGCAAGGCCUGACGUCACAACCAUUGUUUUACAUUUGGCGUUUGAUGGUGCAUCGCGCUCGUCAAUCAUGUGAUUAUCAGAUAGAAUUAUUUGAAGGCCGAUAUGUGUUUAACACUCUAACGUCAGGCUGGUCUUUCGCUACACUGACCCUUAUUAGCUUCGAUCGAGCGCUGGCGUUAUCCAAGCCGCUGUUUUAUCGCGCUAAUGUAACAAAUGAAGGUAAUAAUAAAAAUAUAAUAAUAAUAAUAAUAAUAAUGAUAAUAAUAAUAAUUCCGCUAAUUACCCUAGGCAGUAUUUAUAGCACUAAUGUUAGUGGGGCCUAUCAAAUGCCUGACACAAAUAAUUCAAAUUGAACUUAACAGGGUUAAGAAUCCCAACAGGCCGCGGAGUCGGCCGCGGAGGCAAACCAGCUGGCUAUUUACAAGCAUGGUCGAGGAUUUGAACUUGGGACUAUCGUGAACAAAUCCAGCUAACGGUCAGAGCGAGACUUGAACUGGAGGCCUCCGAAUUGCAAGUCCGGCGCUCGAACCACUCGGCCACGCCGGCCACGCCGUGACGAAAAUUUCUUUCAAUGUGAGAAGUAUUUCUCUUCGUAGGAAACCUGGAUUAAAUUAGCGUCGUUUCGAACUGUUACUGCUAGUCUUCAUUUAGCGAUAAGGUCGACUUGAACACGCGCCAUCUUAUCUGGCGCCACAGUCAGCCCUUAUUAGUGAUGGAGAUGAUGUUCCCUCGAUAGUUCGCACCAGAGACUUAUUAUCAUUAUUAUCCAUCUUUUCGUCAAUAGCUUAAAAUAAUACUCACAAUUGUCUUUGCUCCGAAGUAGAAGAUAUGACUGAUAGUAUUUUUUUCUUUCUAACAUUUGACAUGUUUCAAUUUCAGUUGCGUUGAAAUGGACUUCCUUGACUGGGAUAGUCUGGCUAUUGCUCACGAUUUUCAUCCACUUCAUCCUACCCGAAAUGCCGUCAUUCAUUCUCCGGAACAUUUUCGGAAUGCUGUUUAUCAUACUCCCCAUCAUCUGCCACAUUAAAAUGUAUUUUGCUAUCCGACACCAAAACAAGCAAGUGCAAGACGCAAUGGAAGGCCACCAGCAGCUGAGUAUAAUUUUUAAGCGAGAAAAGAAAGUGGCUGUAGAUAUGUUUAUUGUUAUCAUUGCACUUUUGAUUUGCCUCGGUCCUGCGAUGGUGGUGCAGAUUAUUUUUUCCCACUUUUUCCAUCAACUGUACGAUCUUUUUUAUAGUUGGUCCUUUACAUUGAUUUACCUCAACUCUUGCAUUAAUCCCGUCCUGUACAUUGUAAGAAAAAAAGAACUUAGAAACUUCUUAUGUUUUUGUCUACAAUGAAAAACACAAGAAUGGUAAUAACAAUAAAAAUAGUGAUGCUUAUACUGCCACUACUACAGGUGAUGAUGAUGAUGAUGAUGAUGAUGAUGAUAAACAGUUGGAAUUAUUGAACAAAUAACAAUAGCAUGAUUUGUACGUGAUAUUUGGCAGAAAUACCACUCAUGCUGUUUUAAAAUUGUCUCAAAUUUUCUUCGCCUAACGGCUCGCGAAAUUACGCAUGACAAUUUCGAAAUAUCACUCGUGGUAUUUAUACCAAAUAUCUACUACGACUCACCUAUACUAAUUCUGCUAUUGCUGGUUUUCUCUGUCACGUCAUCAAAAAUAAAAAUCAAAACCGUUCAACAGAUAAAAAAUGAAAGGAAGUAAAUGUGAAAAGACCCUCGCCAAGAUUUAGGACAGUGCAAUUUCUCAUAUGCGGGAUAUUUGGAGAAAUGAUGUACCCAAAUUUAAAGAGCAUUGUAUGGAGACGCCACGUUGGUGCCCAUCCGGAAGGAAUUCAACAGAAACGUCUGUCCCCUGGUCUGUCACUGAUUUUUUGCUACGAAAUCUUGAAUUCAUCUCUCGAAGAACUCAUAAACAUUAAAGUAAUACUUUUUUUUACUGUUAAGAUAGAAAAAUUCCCUCAAAUAAUUCACUUUUUAACCUACAUGGCAGCUCUCUCAGCCGUCACGUGAAUACCGUAAGAAUUAGCCUGUUCCAGGCGUUCAUAUAGUGGGAAGCGGUGCGAAGUAAAAAGGAGCGCGAAAAAAUAAAAACGAGGGAGGGGGAGUGGGGAGAGAGGGCACCGCUUUCCCCAGUUCCCCCUCUACUUUUCAUCUCUUUUUUUACUUCGCACCGCUCCCCACUAUCUGAACGCCUGGAACAGGCUAGGUGAUCUCAAAACUGGUUGCAAAUCGCUUACGGGAGGGGUAGCUUACGAGAGCUGUCAAUACUAAGAUUCUCGCAUUCUUUUAUGGACACUAUUACAGUCGAACCUCCACUAACGGCCACCUCUCUACAACGACCCCUUUACUGUGUCCCCGCGGACAGUCCAUACAGUGACUCAAACCUCUAUACAACGCCCAGCUCUACUCAACGGCAAGAGCCACUAUAGCGUGUCUCCAACUGCCGAAAUAACAUCUCGACAACCGCCAGUUUUUACAGCGACUGAUGAGAAAGUCAAGAAUGGUCAUCAAAUUGAUCCGUAAGGCGCGUUGAUUAUUUUGAUUUUGUUUUACUUUAUACACUGCUGCAGUAAACAUAAAUUGUCUACGAUACUUAAAGCAAAUGUUGCGAACCUUUCUCGUUUUGACACGUUAAUAUUUUGAUUCAAAACAUAAUUCAAGCAUUUUGCCCAUUUUAUCUGUAUCUAUUAUUUAUGAUUGCGGGAUUAUUACCAUUACGGGACUGAAGGUAACAAGCAUGAAUUUAGCACAAUAAACAUGUUGUACCCUACCGUAAUUCCAGUUCGUGUCGUACAAUUCAAUGGAAGUCGGGCCCGCAAUUUAAAAUUGACCUUGCGGAAAUUUGAAAUUACUCGCCCGAUAACUCCCUAAAUUGUACUCAACUCAGUCCAAUUUGCAUUACUAAGAGUGAUAAUAAUAGCAAAAUAAAAGCUUAGUCGUGCAAGUCAGUUUCCGUAGUCUCUGUUGUAUUUUGCAAGCAACAAUUUUCUAUUUCGCCACUUUUACUUUAAGGCCACAUUUGGUAGGUUGGAACAUUUUGUUAAUCAUCAUCCAAAUGAUCAUGACAAAUUAAUAGUUAUUAAGUUCUUGGGGCAAACUCGAUAUGAGAACCAAUUUAGAAGUUGCCCAACGAUCGCUUAGGCAUCUUUUAUGAAAUAGGAGCCUUGGGGCAAGUGACAAUGGGACAAUCCUUACACUGUUCCUUCGUACUGUUUUUGUCUAGAGCCGAGAAAUAUGACCGCAAGUAAAAUAGGUAAUGACGUCAUGACGUUGCUCUUACAACUCCGAAUUUAAUAUAACACUGGAAAUAAGAAUUUUCUCUAUCUAAUGAAGCUGUACUGACCGUUUUCUGAAAUCGUUUUGAAUGGUGACGUAGUGUCACUUUAUGUUCAAACUUUAACGGUUUAGUUGAGCCACCUUUUGUUACUUGCACGACGAGUGGUUUUAAAAACCGACACUAGGCGAUUAUUUCUAAAAGUAUACACCACUGACCACAAGUGACCACCAGUGAGAAUACAUCAAAUAUUUUUCUGACGUCAUAAUCACGUGAUUAUUAAACCCCUUUAUCAUUCUAUUUACCACUAUUUAAACGCAAAUAAACUAUUUCCAGCUACUAAAAUAUGUAAACAGGAGCCCUGACGUAAAUAUUUUUCUCUUUUUUUGUCAAAAGGGCGGGUCCCCGAUAGCUUGUCAGGGGGAAUAGGGACGCUGUAAUAUCCUCUCCCCCGUACCCUUUAUUCCUGUUUCCAACCCUUUAAUGUUAACAUUGCCUCUCUGCGCUUUUGUCAAAAUAUUGGGUAAUGUUUUCUAAUAAUUGAGAAUCAUGCGCUUUCCGCUUCCUGAUUUUUUUUUGGCCCUCCAGACCAGCUUUCUUGUUUUCAGGAUACGGGUCGAUUUCUUUACUAGCUAUUCGGUACCUGAAAUAUCUAAAGAAAUAAAAUGAAAGUUAAAUUACGAGCGAAAACCAAAGACUGAAACAAUAUUAUUGAUCAAAAACCAUAAAAGUUUCUAAAACAAACCUCUCUGUUUAUAAGCCCCUUCGAAUAGAAACCCCCGACUAAAAUUUAAAAGCAGAAAAGCUUCCAGUAAUAGGCCCCUUCCGUAUAAAUUAAACGCCGUUAAAAGAAGGCUUUGAAAAAUAUCAGUCCAAAAUAUGUGAGAAUGUUACAGUAUUUCUCUGAAAAUGCGAAAUUAAAUGUUUGUUUAUAAAUGUAAUACUUGAUUACCCUGUUCCUGUGGAAACUAAUUUAUUGAAAGUUAGUGAAAAUUAAAUUCGGGAAAUAAAAUUUGUAUCUAAACUUCAAGUUCGCCUCCCAUGAUAGCGGUAGGAGUAAAACUAGUAACUAGAAAUACGUAAAUCGCAGGACCUCGCGUGGCACUUCGGGGGAACGGCAAGAAGUAGGAAGAAAUGGAAAUAAGGCAAUAGGGAAGAAAAUUUAUAUUUAAGACACUAACGCAAUGUAAAGAAACAAAAUGAAACUACAAUAACUAAAAAAAAACUAAACGAAAAGGAAAACAAGAGAAAAAAUAAAAAAAAACCAGCUUCCUCCCGGGCUCGAAUUCGGGACCUUCUACGACUUCUACCCGACGGGCCGUUUCGUCACCACUACGCCACGUGGGAACUUGUACUAUGGUAGAAGCGAUACUAUUACAUUUCAAGCCUUUCCCUUGGAACUUCCGAAAGCGCACCCUGUAUUAAGUUGAUCGGGCCCAUUAAACAUGAAUUCACAAAUAUUUUUCAGUGAAAAUGACUGCUGUUUUGAAGGUAAAAAAAACCCAACUCAAACCCAUUUUAUUGCAAUUAAAGAAGAGAUGCCCAACUUAGUGGGAUAUUUGUGUGCACGUGCAAGUAACGUCAGGUUGUUACUAUCCUUAUUUUACAUGUGAAGUGCUUCUCUUGCGGCUGUGUUGAUGUAUAAGAGCGUUUUCAAAGAGAAGAGCUAGCAUAAUAAUGAUAAAGUGACAUAACAACGAUAUCAUUAUAAUAGAAAAAUUAUAUUUUGGUGAACUAUCACUCGUGUUCAUUCGUGGUCCUCGAAUGUACUUUUAGACACAAUCGUAACCACAGUUUGUGUGCAUGCCGCAAAAAGAGUACAAGCCAGCGCGCCAUGGUAUGUAUGAGCAAAGAAAAUUUAUAAUAAAACAGUGGGGUUGUGACAGAAGACGAAACAACGUCUAUUCGUCAACGAAUUUAGCAACACAGGUAGACUGUUUUCUCGGCCUAAGGAUUUAACCACAAGAGUAGGAACUUGUAGCAGCGAAUCAUUUUUAACCAAAAUGACAUGAAAUGUCAAUCAGACCAUUUAACAGACGUCUUAGAUUUUUUAGAGAAUGAACAACCAAAGAAAACAUAUUCAAGUCUUUGACCAUUUUUGGAAUAAAACUGAAUAUACCACAUGGAACAUGUUUUUUCCGUGGUUCGAAAAAGGACAGUUACUUCAGAAAAUUAAAAAAACUUCGCUUCUUAUAUAUUGUUUGCAUGACAUCAUUUUGAGAAACUGUUCAUAUCCAAGGCAACAGGCCUAUUAUCUAAUUCUGUUAAUGUUAUGGCCCGAACCUAUUUAUGCACCUAUCAAUGUAAAGCCGGCGGCGGGGGGAAGGCGACGCAGGGCAUGGGGUGGGGAUUUGACAUUUUUCAAAUUUGCCGUAAAAUUCCCUGCCAACGGGCAAAUCAUUCCAGUUGAAUGCAACCAAAUUUUCCCACCCCGGGCUGCACAUUGCUAUCAAAUAUCCCAAGGCAGAACCCAAGAAAGGCACAAUGAAAAUAUCUCCAAAUAAAAUUCUGCAAUAUUUAUUUAUAAACGUUGCUGCAUCACCAAAGAUACAUGUUCCUGUUAUAGCAGCAAUUAUAAGUUUUAACCAUACCCCGUGUUGCACUGCGUAGAAUACAGAAACCUUUCAGGAGGAAGUGCACAUUUUGUAAGUUUAAAUAUACCAUUCUUAGUAAAGGGUACAAAGAAAGUCAGUUUUACAAGGUUUAUACAGUGAUUGUAGUGAAUGAGCCACACAUUGAUCAAUUGUACUUGCAAGAAUCGACUUGGUUUCUCUUUACUUCCGUUUACUUUGAUAACAGAGUAUCUUAAGAGGUUCAAUUGAUCAAAAACACGCUAAAACAAACGAAAUUUGAAGACAACACAGUGAAGUGAAAUCCACUCAGCUUUCGCUUGUUCCCGUUGGCCUCCAUGAUUUCCAGAUCUUUCCAGACCGUACGGCGCAUGCGUGAAGCGUGGAAGCGGGAAACAUGUUCGGUCUCAGUCUUUUUCGUCCGAGUCGGCAGUCAAAUAUCUCCACGUCGGGGAGAACAAUAUCAAUCAAAUGCCCUAUCCCAGGGCAAACAAAGACAAUCAAAUUCCCACCGAAUGCCAUGCCACCCCCCGCCCCCCUUGCCGGCAUGACAUUGAUAGGUGCAUUACAUGCGCGUUGGUUUUUUUUUUAAUCGCGUUUUUCGGCAGGAACGAUUUAAACGAUUUCUAUGGCUUUUGGCAUCCUUAAUAACGAAUGGUGCAACUUUAAGAAAAUGUUAUUUAUUUACUUGCAGGUGUAAAAACGUUCCAUAUCGGCAGAUGUUUAAAACCGCAUUUUUACGAAAAAAAAAUGUCAAUAACUUGGAAGCUCUACGUCAGAUUUUUUCUAAUUUUAGCAAAUAAGCCUCAGAACUCUCUUGUUUUAUAUCUGCAAGUUUGAAGUCAAUCGUGACCGUAGAACUCGCCGCACUAAAUGCUGGUCAGGUUUAACCGUAAAAUGUAACGCUAACGCAAAACGCAUUUGUGAAAGUUGACGCACAAAUAGAGGACGAGUGUCAAGACUGUCAACGGACUAUCUCCAUCCGCAAGGGUCAUUCUUGCCCAACGCUUUACUGCAAGAAACUGAGUAAUCAGAAACCCACGGCCAAUACAGUUCGCAAUACAAGAAAAACAACUUUAUGCUAACUGCGGGCAAGAUUAUAGAACUUCCAUUCAUCAAACUUACUUUGUAUUUGUCCCUCUCUUUUCGAAACCAAUCCUAACAAGCAAAAUAUAGCAUCUACGAAAAACUCUCAACAGUUUUUAGCGUCUCAGGUUUCCGUUUUGAGGAGAAAUAAAGCCAAAAACUCCAGUAUUUCCAAACAUCCAUUUUUCAGCUGCAGUGAAAGCCCUUCUACUUGACAAUUAUUCAAGCUUUUAGACUUGUUGUCACAUUUCCACCAGACGUUUGCCACUUGGGGAUAAAAACGAAGAAAAAUAUGACAAUCGUCUUCUUCUUCAUAUCCCCAAUGGCAGACUGCCCGUGCGAAUGUGAUGACAAAUCUAACUUCCACAAAUGUGUUAGCGUAGCAUUUUCCGGUUAAAUUUGACCUGUCCAGCAUUUUGUGCAGUGAGUUCUACGGUCACGACUGACUUCAAACUUGCAGUUAUAAAACUAGUGAGAGCUCUGAUGCUUAUUUACUGAAGUUGGACAAAAAUGAUUUAAAUCUGUCGUAGGAUUUCGAAGUUAUUAACAUUUUUUGUAAAAAUGCGGUUUUAAGCAUAUGCCGAUAUCACGAGCUUUUUUAUACCUACAAGAAUAUAUUAAAUAACAUUAUCUUAAAGUUGCACCAUUCGUUAUUAAGGAUGCCAAAAAUCAUAAAAAUCGCUUAAAUCGUUCCUGCCGAAAAACGCGAUUCAAAAACCUAACCAAAGCGCACAUAAAUAGGUCCACCUUAAAUGAUUUAGUUGGGUGGCUAGAACUGAUCAAGCGAUUUAUGAAACCAUUUUUUCGGUGAGAAUUUUCGGCUCUUUGAAAUGAUAAUUUAGUUUCGGGAGAACUCACUAAAAACCAGCUGACAUUCCGGGGGUACAGUCCAUGUCAAGAGCAUUCCCUCUUUGUUCAUGUUUCUUUGUUACGCUACCGCAAUCCUUCUAAUCAUUUUUACCUAAUCACAUAUUAAUUCUUUUCUCUGCUAUUAAAAGUUACUCAAAACUAAGCUGUUAUUCUGAGUGUUUUUCCCUGAGUUUUUCCAGACUGUUACGCUUCCGCACUUCUUGCGCAUUAAUAAACACAUUUUAACGCUUUGUCUAGUAAAGGCACUUGAAGAACUUGAAACUAAGUGACAGACAGAUACAAAAUUUUAAAUUUUCGACAAGUUUAGUAAUUACUUUUGAGGAAGUUCAUUAUACUGUUAGUGUUAAUGGAUUUUCAAGAGCAAAAGUGUAAUGCAAAUAAACAGUUGAUUACAAUUGCAAGUUAUAAAUGCUCUAUACUCGGGUCUACACGCAGUAAAGUUUCAACCUCUCUCCUCACAAUCCAGACCAUGCAAAGGUAAGGGGAUUAUUGCGCCGAAUCUUGUCUCCCUAUUUCUACUGAUCAACUCCCGUAUAUUAACGAAACCAGGGGCCGAAAGUAGUGGUUUAUAUUUUCAAUCAUACAUCCACAACAAGACCCUCAACAGAACCUCAUUUUAGAUUAACCGUCCCUCGUAUAAAAGUCACACAGAAAUUGCAUUUCAAUUAGGGUAGAUCAUCCAAAAUGAAUUGAAAGCCAGUCUCUUAAAAAAUGUUCAUUAAUAUACAAUUAUCUUAGUUAGGAAAUUGCAAUUCGCGGGAAAAUAAAACCAUAAAAAUCCAAGCUUUUCACUCAUGAUAUCAUAGGUGACCAUAGGCAAACUCAUUAAAGUACAAUGAAUUUAUCUUUUUUCAGCUGUUCUUUAAACAAGACGUACUGUCACUAGAUUGAAAUAAUCCAUGUUGUUGCAAAGUGCGAGAAAGAGAGACCUACUGAACGAAGAAUAAAUUGUUGCCCUACAUUUUAUCUGGAGGUUUUUCCAAGAAGCUAAAUGAAUUUGCCCAUGAAAGAAUUCUACUGCGUUACCUCGGUUCUGUUCAAAGCGAAAGAGAUAUGACUUUGCAAGCAAGAUGUAGAGUUCAAAAUGACCAUUAGUUUACAUGAAAGAAUUAAAAAAAAUAUGAGCUUGACCAGUUUGUAGUACAGUCGAAUCCCGAUAACUCGAACCUUCAAGGGAAAUAGAAAACAGUUCGAGUUAUCGAUGGUAAAAUUAUAUAGAAAACGAUCUGAAGGGAAAUGAAAAUUGCUUCGAGUUAGCGGGAGGUUCGACUUAUAGAGGGUUCGAGUGUAAUCGCUGACAACAGUUAAAUCAAUAGGGACCCGUUACAAAUUGUCUCAAAGAUAUUACUUUUGUAUAUUGCUAUUUUUCUCAGGUAACACAAUAAAUUGGUCUCCUCCCGUAAGCAGACAAUUUACUGAUAACUUAAUUGUACUUUCUAUUAAAGCUAGGUUUAUCAUUUCCUCUUCUUUAGCUUGAAGAUAUUCUUUUCGCUGUUAAGGGCAAGUUCUAGCCGGCAAGGAUAACAUGUCUUCUCAAGUCAACACCACAGUGUGUGGACUACCCCUUUGGGUUCCAGUCCCUACAAACGAUUCCAUCUCUUACGUCAGUGAUGCUGUGGCAUUAGCAGUUAACAUCCCAAUGAGUAUCUUUACCUUCCUUAGCAAUCUCGCUGUCAUCGUCAUAAUCACCAAAACUAUUCACCCUCAAACACCAAGCAAUAUCUUGCUCUGUAACCUGGCCGCCACUGAUUGCUUGCAAGGCUUGACGUCACAACCACUGUUUUAUAUCUGGCGUUUGAUAUUGCAUCGCGCUCGUCAAUCAUGUGAUUAUCAGACCGAAUUGUUUAAUGCCAGCUAUGUGUUAAACACCAUCACUUCAGGCUGGUCCUUUGCUACACUAACGCUUAUCAGCUUCGAUCGAGCGCUGGCAUUAUCCAAGCCGCUGUUUUAUCGUGCUAAUGUAACUAAUAAAGGUAAAGUGAUAAGGAUCAAUAAAUCUGAAAAAAAAAUUCUGAAAAUUAUGUUGACUGAUCAAAGAAUUAGACCUAUUUAGACGCGUCACCUUUUACUUCAUGUAAUGGGAUGGUUGGUUCUGAUUGGCGGAGAUUGUAUUCCUUCAAUAGGAGGCAUAAGAGGGACACAUUAUUAUCAUGACAAACAACGCAGCAAGACCGACACUACCCCCUAAAAAUUACCUCGGCAGGGCAAUAGCAGGAUACUGAUAGUCCUUAAAACAGCGGGAUGUUGAGAUUGGACAGCUGUUUCCUCCUUUUUUUGAUCCCGUCAGUGCGGCGUAAAAAUCAAAUUCCCCUUAUGAAGUUCCCCCUUGUAAAAGUCCAUAACAAUGUUAUCUCUAUUUGACUUGUUAUAACCUCUAUUAUUUCGUUUGUUUCAAGGUAGAUUGAUACUAUUUUUUUUCUUUCUUUCAGUUGCGUUUAAAACUGCUUCCUUGACGGGGGUAGUCUGGCUGCUGAUCAUAAUUUUCAUCCACUUCGUCCUACCUGAUAAGCCGUCGUUCAUUCUCCAAAACAUUUUUGGAAUGCUGUUUAUCAUUCUCCCCAUCAUGUGUCACAUUAAGAUAUAUUUUGCUAUCCGACGCCAAAACAAGCAAGUGCAAGACGCAAUGGAAGACCACCAGCAGCUGAGUAUAAUAUUUAAGAGAGAAAAAAAAGUGGCUGUGGAUAUGUUUAUUGUUAUUAUUGCACUUUUGAUUUGCCUCGGUCCUGUGAUGGUGAUGCACGUUAUUUUCCGACCAUUUCUUCCUCAGCUGUUUAACCUUUUUUAUACUUGGGUCUUUACACCGGUGUACCUUAACUCUUGUAUAAAUCCUGUUCUGUAUGUUAUCAGAAAAAAAGAACUUAGAAGAGCGUUCAGUAUUUGUGUUCAAUGA